CAGCUGUCAGCUGGCAGUGGUGACCAGCACCACAGCGUGAGGGCCGGCGGGCCUGGCAAGGGCCCCUGCUGUGGUUGAGGACAGCACGGUGGGGUGGCUGAGGACCGUGCCCGUUGGGAGAGCACUGGCCUCCUACCUAGCAGGCAGCCUGAGUGAAGAUGGACGAGCCCCAGGGCAUGUCCCCAAUCAGGGGCUGCUGCGGCAGGGACGUCGUGGUGGAGAGAUGCCUGGUGGAGUCCAGGGAGUCCGCGGCACAGGUCCAGCUGGCCUGCAGCCCACGACACUGCGCCUUCCCUCUGGACGGAGACUCACUGUGUGUGUGGGGCCCUGCGGGUGCGGCCCAGCUUCUCACCCUGCGAGGACACCACCACCCCGUCACUGCGGUGGCCAUGGGAAAUAGAGCGGCCCCACUGCUCCUGUGCUCCGCGUCCUGGGGCUGCACUCUGCUCUGGGACCUGGGCGAGUGUAGGCGGACAGCCCUCCAAGGGCUGACCCCUCGAGGGACUGCCAUGGGGCCCCCUUUGGGGAAGGUGCUGUAUCUCCGGUUCAGUCCAGAUGACCACGUGGUAGCAGCGUGUGCUGGAAACAAGGUCUUCGUGCUAGAGACCCAGUGCCAGGCGGCGCCUGUGGAGCUGGAGGGGCACCUGGGCGCCGUGACUGCCGCCGAGUUCUGUCCUUGGCGGGCAAACGUCGCCAUCUCGGUGUCUGAAGACAGAAGCUUUAAGGUCUGGGACCACCGGCUGGGGUCGUUGCUGUACAGCUCCUCCGUGCUGACGGCGCAUCCUCUCCUCAGCCUGCUCGUCGAUGAGGACAGCAAGCAGCUGGUCACGGGGUGUGCCGAUGGCCAGCUCUGGGUCUUCAGCCUGGCUGACGGGCACCACGGCCGCUGCGUGGCACGCGUCGACCUGAGGAAGAAGGGCGAGAGCUUCUCUGCCAGGAGGGCAAGGGCCGGGCACUGUGGGCUCCCAGGAGAGAGGCGACGUCCCUGCACAAGUGACCUGGGAGGAGACGGGGUUGACGCGGCGUUUCCCGUGCUGGCCCUCGCACCCUGCCACCUGUCAUCGGCCCUGCGUUCUGAGUGUGGGCUGUUUUUUUCCGAGAAUGCCAAGUGCGUGUGGGUCGGAAGCUCAACAGGCCUGUUCAUAUUUAACCUGGCAAACCUGGAACUGGAGGCCGCUUUGUGUUUCAAAGAUUUCAGGAGCCUCAGCAUUCAGGUCGCCGGGUCCUGUGCAGUGAGCGAGACUGCAGACCACAAGGCGCUCUGCUUGCUUGCUUCCAUGUUUGGGGGGAAGAUCGCUGUGUUGGAGAUAAGCCCGGCCACCCUGCUGCGGACUUGGCGGGGCCCUGGCCCUGGAAGGAGCCUGUCGGUGCUGGCCAGCUCCGGCGUCCUGUCAACCUCUCCCCUGAAUCUCGGCGUCGUCACAGAGGAAGGUCCGAAGCCUGCGGGUCAGAGGCGAGCCGUGCCACGUCAUGUGUGUGCAGCCGCGGGACGUGCCGUGCAGGACCAGCCCCUGGUGUUCCACAGCACAGUCAGGUCAUCGGGGUACAUGUCGGCCCCGCGUGCGACCAUGUUUUCACCAAAGACCAGCAGCAGCGGUAACGGCCAGAGCCCCCCCCAACGCAGAGCCGGAACCAGGCGUUUCCCAGGCGUGCUGCUGCCCCGCCGAGGCACCCGGCUGCCCCAUGGUCGGGGAGGCCCAGCGGGCGCCCUCCGCCCAGUGCAGUCCGAGAGCCCCUUCCCAAUGUGGAACGUGACCGUCCACGAGUUGGCGGGUGCGCCAGGCCGAUGGCUGGGCCGGGUGCGCCGAGGCCGACAGCCGGGCCGUACCUUGCGCAGGGCGCUGGCUCCAGCUCUGCUCCCUGUCCUGACCCUCAGGAAGGAGUACCCUCUGCAGAACCCUCCGCCCACCAGGCUCCACAGGCAGGUGGCUGUGGCUGGGGCCCCCACCGCCGUGGGCUGCCUUCAGUUCUCAGGAGACGGACGGCGACUGGCCUGUGGCUUAGCUAAUCACUUGCUGCUGGUCUUCGACGCUGGCCUCACCGGGACGCCUGCUGCUUUUGCAGGCCAUGACGGAGCCGUGAGCUGCGUGUCCUGGAGCCACAGUGGUGCCUGGCUGCUCUCGGCCGCCCAGGACCGGACGCUGAGGCUGUGGUCCGUUCGUAGGACAGAACUCGUGCUUCUCCUGGGCCGGGCUGCCCCUGCCCCUGGGCCCGUGCAGUCUGCACAGUUCUUCUACCUGGACUCCUUCCUCUUGCUGUCCUCCGGGCCCGAACUGCAGCUGCUCAGGUACCAUGUCGCCCCUCGCAGAGAUGACAUAAAGAGGUAUAAGCAGAAGGGCAAGGUCACUCCUGUGUACAGGACCACCACAACCGGGGCCUCGGACAUCACGGGGCUGUCGGCCAUGAACGACUGCUACUCCCACGUGGUGCUCACGGGCUGCCGGAACAGGGCGCUGGAGGUGUUCGACCUCAAUGCCGGCCGCACCGCGGCGCUGAUAACGGAAGCCCACUCACGGCCUGUCCACCAGAUUUGCCAAAAUAACGGCUCAGCAUUUGUGACUCAGCGAUGCCAGGACUACAACCUCUUUCUGACCACGGCCGUGGGCGAUGGGAUUAAGCUGUGGGACCUGCGGACCCUGAGGUGCGAGCGCCGUUUCGUGGGACACCCCAACCGCUGCUGUCCCUGUGGAGUUGCUCUCAGUCCCUGUGGACGCUUCGUGGCUUGUGGUGCUGAGGACAGACAUGCCUACCUGUACGAGACAGCUUCGUGCACCUUUUCUCACCGACUGGCGGGGCACGCGGACACGGUCAGUGCAGUGGCCUUCAGCCCGUCAGCUCCCCAGCUCGCCACCGCCACCCUGGAUGGCAAACUCCAGCUGUUCCUUGCCGAGUAGCUGCUCCUAUCCGGCCCUGGCCAGAGGACGACGUGAUGGACUGGAGAGACCGAGGCCCGCCCGUCGCCCGGCCAGGAGCAGUGCCGGUCACGGUCUGCGACUUCAGUGCUCCCCCUCUGCGAGCCCCCGCCCCGUGCGUGCACACCGCCUGCGUUCCCCUGUGCUGGUCCUUGAGAAGUGGCAGUGGCAGCCCAGCGCCUCUGCAGGAAUCUGGUGUGGGUACAACGGUGUGCUUCAGUAAAGACAACCGCACGUUUCGUCACUGCGUGUGUGGGGGCAAUGCUCCUGGGGCUGUGAAAGCAAAGCCGUGGCCCCGGCCCUGGGCUGUGUUCACACUGCGGCUUGGGGGCGUCCUCUUGGGGGGUCCUCUCCGAGGGCAGUUUGACUCCUGGACCUUUUCUCCCAGGGCCACCAGAGGGCCACUGGGCAGAGGGCCCAGGUGCUGCCCGGCCAGGCCCUGCAGAGCUGGUGCCCACCCUGGGGUGAUGCCAUCUAGUGCAGCUCCAAAGGCCCCGAGCUGAGCGCACAGGCCUUGGGGCAGAGUGCCUGUCACCCCGCAG